AUGUAUCGACAAACCUCCUGCCAAUGUCAAACAUUCCUCUUAUCCACUGUCGUUAUCUUCCUUCUCAUUAUCGUAGCAAUUCAGCAUGAAGAGAUUUCCAACAAACGAAAACUACCAAUCUCCACGAAGUCCUCGAACUCCAGCGUGGUUAUCUCCGCGCCCCUUGCAACACAUUCAUCAGAAGCUCCAGGAUUUCCCAGAAAGCUAUGGUAUAAAGUAGGGCCUCAAGGUGUCUCGGACGAGGCAAGACGAUUCCGACAUCACUGUCUUGAUAUCAACCCAGGCUAUAAAUAUGAAGUGCUCACUGACGCGUUCGCGGAUGAGUAUGUAUGGAAGUGGUUUUCCCAUCGUCCGGAUAUUCUGAACACCUACUUUUCGCUCAGCAUACCGAUUCUGAAAGCUGAUUUACUGCGAUACUUGAUAUUGUAUGCUUAUGGAGGAGUGUGGUUUGAUUUAGAUGUUUCAUGUGAGGAUACUCCCAUAAAUGAUUGGGUAUUGGAGGAACAUCGAGGGGCGAAUCUUGUCGUUGGUCUGGAGUUUGAUUAUGACUAUCAGGAAGAUACUGCAAUGUAUUCGCAAUUUGCGAGUUGGACUAUCAUGGCAAAACCUAAAUCUCCCCACCUAAUGCAGGUCAUCAAUGAUAUUCUAGACGAACUAAAUGAAAUUGCACGACGAAACGAAGUAUCAAUCGAAGGAAUAGAGCUAAGCAUGAUAAGUGAUGUGGUAGAUAUAACAGGACCAAAAAGGAUGACGUGGGGAAUUAUCAAAAGUCUCAAAGAAAUCCUCGGAAGGGACCUUGAUGAUAGGGAUGUUGGAGAAUUGAGAAGUGCGAGAUUGAUUCAUGAUGUGUUGAUCCUACCGGGGAAUGCGUUCGCGGGGACACAAAAUGGAUUUAAGAAGGAAAAAGGAAAAGUUUUUGUAAAUCAUCAUUAUGCGGGUACAUGGAAGAAUAAGUUCGGUGGCGAGGCAGAGAAAGGUUCUGAGAAAGAGAAGGAGAUUGAAGAAGAGAGGAGAAUUGAGCAAGAAAUGGAAGAAAAGAGAAGAGAAGAGGAGAGGAUUGAACAAGAACAGAAAGAUAUGGAAAAGGCGCAGGAGAAACAAGAAAAUGAGACCAAAGAGCAAGAAGAGUCUGAGCAAGCAGAUAAGAUCGAGGAAAAGAAUGAUAUUGAGGAUAAUGAAGCCAAAGAAAGAGAAGAGUCCGAGCAAGAAAAGGAGAAUCUGUGA